CAUUACCAUGAAGACAUUUUCCAUCAGGGUCGUCACCUUACUGAAGGUGCCGUCCGGUCAGCAGGAGUGUGGAUAGUGGGAGGCAAACAGCUGGUGUCUAGUAUCCUCUAUAACUGUGUGACCUGCAAAAAACUGAGAGGGAGGUUAAUGGAACAGAAAAUGGCACUGUUACCACCUUUUACCCACGUCGGACUGGACAUCUUCGGGCCGUGGAGCAUUGUCACUCGCCGCACUCAUGGAGGCAGCGCUGAAAGUAAGCGAUGGGCAGUGUUAUUCACAUGUAUGAGCACGAGAGCGACACACAUCGAAGUGUUAGAAUCCAUGUCCACUUCAAGUUUUAUAAAUGCUUUAAGACGAUUCUUUGCAAUCCGUGGUUCAUCCAAACAGCUUCGCUCUGACAAAGGCACAAACUUUAUUGGAGCAUGUAGAGAGUUAAAAAUCAACACCAGUGAUCCAGAGCUGACAAGUUACCUUGACAAACAGGGCUGCAUGUGGACUUUCAACACCCCCCAUUCAUCCCAUAUGGGAGGUUGUUGGGAAAGACUGAUAGGAGUAGCACGUCGGAUUCUAGAAGGGAUGUUGCUGCGGUCUGACACCAACCACCUCACACACGAAGUGUUGACAACACUGAUGGCAGAAGUCAUGGCCAUUCUAAAUGCCAGGCCGUUAACUCCAGUGUCUACUGAUCCCGACAAUCCUACUAUAUUAACACCUGCAAUGAUUCUCACUCAAAAGAUGACACCAGUAACAGCUCCUCCAGGUGACUUUGAUCAUAAGGAUCUUCACAAAAAUCAGUGGAAACAGGUGCAGUGUCUGGCAGAGAGCUUCUGGAAGCAAUGGAGACAGGAAUAUCUGGUGACUCUCCAGAAACGUCACAAGUGGACUGAUGACAAGCCAAGCAUUCAAGUGGAUGAUGUAGUUCUGAUGAAAGACAGUCAGGUUCAACGGAACGACUGGCCAAUUGGACUUGUAGUGAAGACAUUGCCUAGCAAAGACAACAAAGUCCGCAAGGUUGAAGUUAAAGUUGUGAGACAAGGAACAACAAAAACCUACGUCAGGCCCAUCUCAGAGCUUGUUUUUCUUAUGUCUAAAGGCUCAUAAAGUGAUAGACAUUCUGAUGAGUAACAAGAGUGUUCAUACACUACCGUUCAAAAGUUUUGGGUCACCCAGACAAUUUUGUGUUUUCCAUGAAAAGUCACUGUGGCAGCGGGGGCGUGGUCAAGCGCCAGUCUGUGACAGGAGGGCGGAGUUGGGGAAGGUAAGUGGCAGAAUCGCUUCACCUGAGUGUGAUUAACCUAUGUUUUGUGUGUGUUCUCCCCAGUAAACCGCGCCCUACUUAAAGAGGGAGAGUGAGAGCGGAGGGGAGUCAGUGAUUAUCCAGAGGAGACGACAGUCUGUGUGUGUGCGCGCGAGUCACUCUCUGAGCUAUUGAAUUUAAUGUUAAGCUGAAAAGUUUGGCAAUAAAAGCCGAUU